AUGCCGUGGAACUUGACCGCGGAGCAGCUCUCGGCGCUGCUGCGGCUGCACAACCUGACUCGCGCACAGUUCAUCGCGCGCUAUGGGCUGCGGCCACUGGUGCUCACCCCGCAGCUGCCGGCACGCGCCAGGCUGGCCCUCCUGCUCACCGGCCUGCUCAUCUUCGCCCUGGCGCUCUUUGGCAACGCCCUGGUGGUCUACGUGGUGACCCGCAGCAAAGCCAUGCGCACCGUCACCAACAUCUUCAUCUGCUCCCUGGCGCUCAGCGACCUGCUCAUCGUCUUCUUCUGCAUCCCGGUCACCAUGCUCCAGAACGUCUCGGACACCUGGCUGGGGGGUGCCUUCAUUUGCAAGAUGGUCCCGUUUGUCCAGUGCACUGCCAUUGUGACAGAAAUCCUCACUAUGACCUGCAUUGCCGUGGAAAGGCAUCAGGGACUUGUCCAUCCUUUUAAAAUGAAGCGGCAGUACACCAAUCAAAGGGCUUUCACAAUGCUGGGUGUGGUGUGGCUGGUGGCCAUCAUCAUAGGAUCACCCAUGUGGCAUGUGCAGCGACUUGAGGUUAAAUAUGACUUCCUGUAUGAGAAAGAGCACAUCUGCUGCUUGGAGGAGUGGAGCAGCCCCAUGCACCAGAGAAUCUACACUACCUUCAUCCUUGUCAUCCUCUUCCUUCUGCCUCUCCUGCUGCUGCUCGUCCUCUAUGGUAAAAUCGGUUACGAGCUUUGGAUCAAGAAAAGAGUCGGGGAUGGCUCAGUGCUCCAAACUAUUCACGGAAAGGAAAUGUUCAAAAUUGCCAGGAAGAAGAAGCGAGCUGUGAUCAUGAUGGUGACAGUGGUGGCUCUCUUUGCUGUGUGCUGGGCACCUUUCCACAUCGUUCACAUGAUGAUUGAAUACAGUAAUUUCGAAAAGGAAUAUGAUGAAGUCACAAUCAAGAUGAUUUUUGCCAUAGUGCAAAUAAUUGGAUUUUUCAACUCCAUCUGUAAUCCCAUUGUCUAUGCACUUAUGAAUGAAAACUUCAAAAAAAAUUUUGAGUCUGCAGUUUGCUGUUGCGUAGUAAAAGAAACAUUCUCUCCAGCAAGGAGGCAUGGAAGUUCAGGAGCUAUGGCUAUGCAGAGGAGAGCAAAGUUAGCUGGCAGAGAGAAUCCUGUAGAGACCAAAGGAGAAACAUUUGGGGACAGCAACAUCAAUGUCAAGUGGUGUGAACAGCCAGAGAAGAAGAAAAAAUCGCAAGUGGCAUCUUGUCCUCUUUAGUUCUGAAUUUCUGAGAACUCUGCUGUAGACAGGGACGUUAAUUGUUAACAGUAUCUUCAGAAUCAGUACCUGUCAUACUGUAAUGGAAAGAAAAUUAUUUUGAGAAAAAGUAGAGCUUUCAUAUUAAAAAUGUUGACGAGCACUUGAAAGGUUGAGGCAGGGGAAUCAGGAGUUCAAAGUAAUCCUUAGCUGCAUAAUGAGUUUUAGGAUAACCUGGGGUACAAGAGACCCUGUCUCAGGAAGCCAAAAUAAUAACAACCAAACUUACUAAUGAUGGUGACAAAACAUUUUUCCAUUGAAAAUACAUAAGAAUUUUUUAAAAAUUAUUGGGCCAUUAUUGUGAUUACUAGGUGUAGUUUUUUUUGUUUUACUUUUUAAACAUUUUUUGUUUUUAUUUUAUGUGUAUUAGUGGCUUAUUUGCAUGUAUGUCUGUGUACCACAUGCAUGUCUGGGUGCCUACAGAGGCCAGAAGAGGGUAUCCAAUUUUCUGAAAAUGGAGUUACAGAUGGUUGUGAACUGCUACGUGGAUCCUGGGCAUCAAACCCAGGUCUCCUGGAAGGGCAACCAUCUCUCCUGCCCUAAAGUGUAGUUUCAAAAAUCUUGUAUAAAAGUCAAUGUUCUUGGCUAGUAACUUUUGUCUGUGUAGUCAAUGUGAUAUGACUUUCUAUGUAUUGCUAAAUUGAGUGAAAACAUCAAUAAUGCAUCUUCUUCCUAGAAUACUAAUUUAGUAGUUGAGCAUCACACGUGACUGUUGAAGUUACGAUAACUCUUUUGCAAAUGAAGCCUGCACCAAAGCCAGUAAGCCCAAGAAG